AUGCUCAUUUUCAAUCUUACUGUUGGUCGGUAUUCCAGAGGCCCAGAACCUCUAGCACAUCUCAAACUCAUAGCACCCCAGUCCCCGAAGCCCAUAGCUGCCACGCCGUGCCCCUCCUCGAAACCAGCCAGCCCCGAACCAGCGGGGAGCGGGGCAGCCAGCUCCCCGCCGCGUGGGCGGCAAGGUCCCAACCUGCGCCUGCUCCACCCAGGACCCAAACCCGCAAAACCCUGGGCCACCAAAGCAGAGUGUAGGAACUUAACCAGCGGGCCACUGGGCGGCCCCAUUUACUGUGUUUUGAUAACUAUGUUUAGGCAAAUUAUUACACACAGAGGUAAAACUCAAGACCAAGGGCACAGUCACCUUCGCCCACCUAACAAAGAUUUCCUAAACAUUUCAGAAGUGCAACGCAUGAAGCUUAGUAAAAGUAUCGGUGGUCGCUGUAACAUCUUUGGAAAAUCCAAAGGUGAGCAGUAUUGAGCUGUACUGCAAGAGACUUGGACCAACUAUGACAAAGCAGAACCCUACAGUACUAAAAAUGAUAGUCUGUUUAAUAUAAAAAAAAUAAGACAGAGAUACAGAUGAGGAAAUCUUACAGACGUCUUUGAAAAGCAUAGCAACAACUACAACUGGUUCCUUCUUUCACGUCCCACUACAUUUGCUGUCACUGAAAAUUUGAAGUAUCGCCUGUUUACUAGGGACGCAUCACAACCUUUCUAUCUGGGCCACGCUAUAACAUCUGCUGCCCUCGAAGGAGGAACUGUCUUAAGUUUAGAGUCUGAAAACAGCCUUCUCAGGAAGUCUGAAAAGCGUGCAGAUCGAAGUGUGACUUGAAAGUUAUCUGAAGAUAUGCAGGUGGCAGUCAGCCCAAAACACGCGGGAGCUCUGGCAGAAAACGUAGAGGAUUCUGGAGGAAGAGCUCUACUGAAUACAAAACCAAUUACAUAUCUUAUUCAAGAGACAAUGUCUAAUAACUCUCAGCAAGUAGUAGAAGGCUGCUGUUCAGAUAUGCCUGUUACUUUGAAAAGACUGACUUCCAAAAAGAUGACGGUGAUGAUGCAUGGUGUGCGCUGGCUCAGGGCAUUUGGACAUUAUUUCAAGGACGCACUGGUUUUCUUGUCUCCAAAUGGUUCAGAAAAUGAUUGAAGGCUGGGGAAUGAUAGAACUGUGCUGUCCAAGAGCACCUGAAGUGUGGAUUCACUUGAAAUGUGGUGUAAGUGUAAAAUACAGACUUCAUUCAAUAAGACAUAUGUUACUUGAAAACCUAGUACAAAAAAUAUAAAAUAUCUCAGUAGUUUUUUAACCUUGACUCACAUUAAAAUGACAUUUUGAUAUGUUGCAUUAAAUAAAAUAUAGUAUUAGAAUUAAUUCACAUUUCUUUCUCAUUUUAUGAAUGUUUAUUAGAAAAUUUUAAAUUACAUAUGUAUCACAUUAUAUUUGUACUAGAUAACGAAAGUGCAAAACGUUCCAUUGUCACCAUAUAUGGCAAUUUAACUGCCAGUCCACACGGCGGCAUUUUCCAAAGGCAUUUUAUUGCAGGGAUCUCAAUUCUGGAAGAGGUUUCAAAUAUUUGGAUACGUAAAUAGAUAUUUCCCAAGUGCAUUCUUUGGACCUUAUAUCACCUUUAAUUUUUGUGAAAAUAUUUCAAAUGUUUAAUAAGCAAGUAUUGUCGUCUAAAAGCGUUUUAAUGAGUUAUUGUUACAGACUAUGGCACUACAUAGAAGCCAGCCCUGGUGGCCUAGUGGAUAAGAGUUGGUGCUCUCACUGCCACAGUCCAGGUUCAUUUCCUAGUCAGGGAACCAUACCAUCUGUCUAUUAGUGGUCAUACUAUGGCAGCUGUGUGUUGCUGUGAUGCUGAAGCUAUGCCACCAGUAUUUCAAAUACCAGCAGGGUCACUCAUGGUGGACAGGUUUCACUGGAGCUCCCAGACUAAGACAGACUAGGAAGAAAGAACGGCUACCCAAUUCUGAGAAAGUUGGCCAUGAAAACCCUAUGAAUAGCAACAGAGUAUUGUCUGAUACAGCACGGGAAAGUGACAGGAUGGCCAAAAAGACCAGGCAGGGUUCAGCUUUGCUGUACGCAGUGUCACUGGAGUCAGAACUGACUCAACAGCACUAACAACAACAGUUGUAGAAGCAAGCAGUUGGAACAAGCAUUGUGUCUCAUGUCCAGGAUAUUCCUUAAACCGAAAAAACAACCGGCAGGCACAUGCCAACAUCACAUUCUACAUGCUGACAAUUGUCAGCUUCUACUAUGUAACUACAUUAUGUUCUCAGGAGAAUUUUUGCCCUGUGGAGGCUCAGUUUUGAAUACUGUUGAGAUUGCCAGGAAAAACAGGAAAACCCACAAACAAGUUGCUGAUCUGUAAAAUUUUGCUAGUGAAAAAAAAAAUGACUGACACACUAUUAGAAUGGCCAAAAUCCAGAACACUGACAGCACCAAAUGCUGGC